GUAUUCACAUAUAUUUUGCGUCGCACAUACUGAGGUUUAUUAAUAUUGAAUUCCAUAGAAUCCUAUAUAAACUCCUCUUGAAAAUAAAGUUCUGCUAAAAGUGUUCAUGUUACGAUGAGAGGAGCACGUUCAUUGAUUUUGACUGUUUUUGUGCUAAGCUGUACUGCUUUUCGCAGUCAAGCUGAUGAAGCUUGUGAUAAAUCACAAUGUCGAGGACCAAUACGCUAUUAUGAAGAAUUAAAGUGUAAACCAGUUUAUAGAACACCCGAAAGUUGUUGUCCUUAUAAAUAUAAUUGUGAUCAUUUAAAAGAAAGAUUACCCAACAAGUGUUACAUUGGAGAUCAUGAAUAUGACAUUGAUGAACCUCUGCGAAAGGAAGAUGCACAACCUUGUGACAAGGGAUGUGUUUGUAAGCAGUUUGAAGGAGAAAGAGCUCGAUUCGUUUGUGCCAUUGUUGACUGCUUCCAUGGAAAACUCGAACCUUCACCUUCUUGUACUCCUUACUUACGUCGAAAAGCUACAGAUUGUUGUCCACAUAUAAUUUGUCUUAAAGAUGGUGAAGUAAGACCUACAUGUCUUGUUGAUGGAAAAGUGUAUGAAGAUGGAGAAAUGUUUACUCCAGAAGCAGAACCAAAUAAAAUUUGCUACUGUGGACCAGGAUAUCAAGGAGAAAACGUUGAGCCAUUCUGCAGGAUAAAUAGACACUCUUGUAACAUUGAACUUCGUCAUUCAUACGAUGAUAAAUGUAUUCCAACUUAUUAUGCUUCUCAAUCACCACAAACUGACUGCAAUGUUGCUAGUCGAUGUCAAAAUGAGAAAGAUAGUGUCAUUGAGAAGUUCAGGGCAGUUGAUAAUCCCGACGUAACAGAUGAUAUGGUUUGCAAAUUCGGUGAUUUAACAAUGAAAUAUGGAGAUGAACUUGUUCAAGCUACAAAUUAUGAUUCUGUUUGUAUGAACUGUACCUGUGAAGUUGGACCUAUUCCUACGUGCCAACGAUUACCUGAUGAAAUUUGUGAUGUCACUAAACAUCCGAAAUUUGAUAAUUAUUAAUAUUUAGUUUAGUUUUUGUUUAUUUUAAUAAUGUUGAGUAUCAGUGGAAACAAUGUGAAAAAUAGUAACUUGCAAAGAAAAAUUUUUUAAAAAUUUAAUUAUAUCAAGUAUUAUAAAUAAUCCAGUUAUACUGGUUUGAUAAUAUCAAAAGAUGUGUGCAUCUAAACAUAGUUUUAGUUUGAAACUGGAAUGUUUGAUUGUGAUAGAAGUUAGCAUCAUGUUAUCUCGUUAUUCUGACUCACAGAGCUUGUAUGAAAUGUACUGAUAUUUCUAACUUGUGAUCUUUCGAAUAAAAAUGUUGGUUAGUA